AUGUUACCGUCAUUGUCUUCUAAAUUCUUGUUGUCAUGCACACUACAGGAAUCCAGCACUAGGAUGUUGUCAUUGACGCCUGCUUUGGAACGAAAGAGAACAUCUGGAAAAUACAGGGUAAUUUUUAUGUUUUUUUCUUCAUUUUAGAGUUGAUAUGACUUAUGAGAAUACAUUUUAUACUUCAGAAAUCUGGGUUAAGUUUUGGCUUUUGCAAUCGAAAAAGGUGGGGACUUUAGUUACAUUGUUUAUUUUAUCUUAAACAUUUCAAUUUUUGAUAUAAUAGUUUAGUCGACUAUUAACCGAUCACAAAUGUUAACGUAUGAGAUGGCUCAACGACCGUAUCACAUAGGUAUUCGAAAGUCGUGGUUGACUUGGCACACAGCAAAUUUGGAUGAGUUUAGAUUGAAGCAAGGUGUUGUUGUAGCGCAGGACGAAGUGAUUCGUCGGUUCAUUCGCGGCAUUCUGUACGAUCAUAGAGUUAUAGAUGGUUCUGAAGUGAGUUAUACUAAUGUGAAGAUUUUUAAAUGUUUUUGAUAUAUUUAUUACGUUUUUUACAAAGUUAGAACAUCGGUCAGUUUCUAUUAUAAAAUUCAAUUAACAAAUAAUCUUUGAUGCCAAAAUUUUGGAUUGCAGUAUUGUUUUAAACAUAGAACGUUACAUUACAUUUUGCAUGUUGUUGGUAUUCAUGAAUUUGUAUUCAUAUCCUUAGCUAUGUAUGAAUACAAAGGCAUGAAAACCAACGUAAGCUUAUUAUUUAUUACGUUUAUAGGUAUUAGCUGAGGCGAAAUAAUAAUAGAAAAAUAAGAGGGUAGAAUUAUAAAAAAUUUAAAUUUUUUGAUACAAGUUCUCUUCAUCAUUUUUAGUAAAACAUUGUGCAUCUUGAAGUCGAUUUAGACUAAAAAUUCAAAGUUAGGAAACGAAAAAUGAUUGGGCCAAACUGCAGCGCAUCUGCCCUUUAAGCGGGGAUGAGUUGUUGCUGCGAAGGAACCUGGGUGGUCCUUAUCAAAAGUUGAUCAAAAUUCAGUGACAUUUUACAAAAAACAGAAUUUUUUUUUACUGGGAAUGCAGUAAUUUAUGUAUGAUUAAGCAAUGAGACACUAUAUGAUUUUUUACAGUAAUAUAUUUUUGUACAUUAUAAUUAGGGCCGUGACUAAUUAAGAGUUGUUUAAAAUUUAUCAAGGUGGAUUUAAGAAUUUGAAAUAUAUCUAACUGUGAUCAUUAUUUCCAGAUAGUAAUUAAAAGACGUGGAAACGCCGUCUUUGUGUCUGGAUUUCUAAAAUACGGCCGGCGUCUUGACAUCAGAAGAAUUUACUGGUUAUGGGGAUUUGUUGAAGAGUUUUUGUCACAAGUUUUGAAGCAACCAGUGAAGCUCGAGUUCCAGUUUGUAGAAGACGAAAAAGAAUUGGCUUUCAAUUACAUUUGA